AUGCUGUACAAGGAGGAAUGUUACUUUCGUAAGAGUGUAAACCCAUCGACGAUCUGGCCAUGUCAGGAGUGGGGCCUAGCACCCAUUUCUCGCAGUGACGAUGGCGGUGUGGUAGUAUGCAAGAAGCAUCAAAGCUGUGCCAUUGAACCGGUGUAUGUCUACCCUGGACCUACGAUUGCGAUGGUGAAUGGGCUAAAUUAUCGCGAAAGAAGUGCACUUUCGCCAGUGAAGAUUAUGUCCCAGAUUACGAGAAAGAGGGCUAUCACCAGCGGGCGGGUUGGCCAUUAUGAGUUGGCCGGUAGUUUAUGGAUGCGCCAUAACUAUGAAUUUGCGCAAAUGAUGUACGAAGGGACAUUGGGGAUGUUUUAUCAGGAUGGAGUUCCUGGACAGUUGCGGCCAAGAAGAAUCAAACAAGUAUGGGACAAACUUGUACAGUGCAACCCAUUGCUUCAAGUAUACAAGGAUCCGGAGGUGGUGGAAGAGCUCGUGGAAUACCACCUGGAGACCCACCAUCAUAAAGUGGGUGCCGCAAGUGGGUGGCGGAAUAAAAUCGUUUUUCCAAUCGAGGACAUUCCGCCGUCAGCAACUGAUGAAGCAUUUCGUGUGGAAGGUCUUCGCAUUGGCCAAGAUACCCGUGGCGACGACGUGCAGUUUAGCCACCCUUCUUUGAUGGCACUCAUGUUCCCUCAUUUGUUUACCUACGGACGUGGGCACUACUCGAUGGCUCAAGUAACUGCAGAGAACACGGCGUUGCCGGAGGAGUAUGGUGGAGUGGCAAUGGCUACUCGCGACGGGGAGACCAUCAAAGGAUAUGCCAAACGCUGUCUGUUGCUUGCCGACCGUCGCUUUGCACGAGAUCCGUCAUUCUUGUUCUUCAUGCUAGACGCGAUAGAAAAGCACAAUAUUUCCUCCUACAGACGACGAGUGGUGAACACAAGAGGCAGAGGUGCUAUUCAGCAACAGGAUGUUGUGAGCGUCGAUCCGGGUACAGGUGUGCCUGAGAUUCGACAGGAUCGAACUUCUGGUGUCCCACACAUCAUUCGUUCAUCAUACGCAUACAAAAGAAAGGCAUAUCUGGAUAUGGCGUGUUUGUUCGAUAAAUUAGGAGAGCCACAGGUAUAUUAUAUAAAGAAGAGAGAGCAAAUGUGA